AUGGUGAGAGUGCUCUACUGGCUGCCCCAAACUUCCGAGUCUCUUCCCGCACAAUCGUCAUCAACUAAGCGACUCUCUGCCCUCCUGACGUCCAUCUCCUCCCUGCUCGCUUCCCACGUCAACUCCUCCCUCGCCGCCCCGGCAUACAUUGCCUCCAUCCGAUACUUUCAGCAUCGGGUUCUAACCAUGCUGCAAGAGGCACAGCAGGAGGGUAUGCCGCCGUGUGGUGCAAAAGUGGAAGAACUCGAGAGAGAGUGGUGGAAUAGUGAGGUUGUGGCUGCUUGGUAUGGACCAAAGAUGCCGCAGGGGGUUCCCCAGACACACAAGAAGGGACCCAAGGGAAAGGACAUGACCAGGAAGAUUGCACUCACACAGAGCGAUCAGAACAGAGAGGACAAACGGUUGAGAGAGAAGCGAAGAUGUGAGCCUUUGGGAGCUAUCGUACCCAUAAGAUGUGACGCGAGUUUUGUGGGGUUGAAUGAUGAGUGA